GAUGACUCAUGUCGCAGAAUAAUGUUUCCCACGAGACAAAAGGAGACCCUCACGUCUCUUUCUUCCCACAGAGACAAAGAAUCAACUGCAGCCACCUGCUGAAAGGCGGUGAGGGCUUCCUUGUGAAGAUGGCGGCUCCCCUGACACUACUUUUGAUUGUAGCCGUUACGGUCCGUGCAGCUCUGUACAGAUCCAGUUUGGCGGACCUGAUCUCGGAGAGGGUGGAGGUGGUGUCUCCGUUAACCGCCUGGAAGAGAGUUGUUGAAGGUUUGGCGCUGCUUGAUUUGGGAGUCUCACCGUAUUCUGGAGAUGUUUUCCACGAGACGCCUCUCAUCAUUUACCUCUUUCACUUUGUGGUGGACUACGCUGAGAUAACAUUUAUGUUGGCAGAUGUGAUCACUGCUGUGGCGCUCUACAUGACGGUGAAGGACUACAACAAACAAGUGUUCAGAAAGCAGAAAUUUGCCCUGGAGGCAGACCGCUACCCCCUCGACUGUCUGGAGCUCAUCAGAAGCCCCAAAGAAAUGUACUACAUCCCUCUGAAAGUAGCCAUGUUUUACCUGUUGAACCCAUUCACCAUCCUGUCCUGCGUCGCCAAGUCAACCUGCGGCCUGAACAACGCCGUCAUCGCCCUCUUCAUCCUCGCUACAAUAAAAGGAAAUGUUUUGCUGAGUGCCAUAUUUCUGUCGCUGGCCACAUAUCAGUCCAUCUAUCCUCUCACUCUGUGCGCUCCAGCGCUGCUCUAUUUGAUGCAGCGUCAGUACAUCCCGCUCAACUUCCGGCGGUUCAGCUUCUGGUGGUUCAUCGCUCAGUACGCCUUCAUGUACCUGGGCAGCCUGUUCGUCAUCAUCUGCCUCUCCUUCUUCCUGCUCGGCUCGUGGGACUACCUGCCGUCUGUCUACGGCUUCAUUCUCUCAGUACCAGACCUGACCCCGAACAUCGGCCUCUUCUGGUAUUUCUUCGCCGAGAUGUUUGAACACUUCCGCCUCUUCUUCCUCUGCGUUUUCCAGAUCAACGUCUUCUUCUACACCAUCCCGCUGUCCAUCAAACUCAAGGAGCAUCCGGUGUUUCUGAUCUUCAUGCAGUUGGCUGUGAUCUCCAUCUUUAAGUCGUACCCCACUGUGGGAGACAUCGCUCUCUACCUGGCCUUCCUUCCUGUCUGGAGUCACCUGCACAGAUUCUUGAGGAACAUCUUCCUGGUGUCCUGCGUCCUGCUCGCCUGUUCUGCUCUGUUCCCGGUUCUCUGGCACCUCUGGAUCUACGCCGGCAGCGCCAACUCCAACUUCUACUACGCCAUAACGCUGCUGUUCAACGUGGCACAGAUUCUGCUGGUGUCAGAUUAUUUUUACGCCUUCUUGAGGAGGGAACACCAUCUCAGCUACGGGCUGUAUCUGAAGAGGAAAGAUGGCUCUGAAGCGACGCUCGUCCUUAAAUAAAACACACUUACACUCAUACACACAUCGACACCGGGCUGACAGCUUCAUCCAAGAAGGGAGAAACUGCUGGACGCCUCACUUCUCCACAACGGGAACAAACACAAACUGAGGAGGAUAAAAGACGUUCAGAGCCACACCGAUCCUCAGACGGGACAUUAACACACACGCACACAGCGUGUGUCCAGUACGUCAUAUGCAAGACGUCACAACACUCAACAUGACGGACACACGCAGAGACGGGAUGUGGGAAUCUUGUUUCUGCCAUGUGAGACAAACAACUAAACAUCCUCUUUUCACUUUCUCCUCCUGAGCGCUCUUAUUUUGAAGCCUUUUUCUUACCUGGAACCUUCGCCUGCAAGGGUGGCUUUUAUUUUGAAGCCUGCUUCCUCCUGACAGCCACUCAUAGUGAAAUUUUAUUUUGACGCUCUGUUAAUCCUGCAGCUUCGUCCCAGAUAUCUUAUUUUGAAGCAAACAGCUGGUUUUUUUCUGGAAGGAAUUGACUCUGCUCUGCUGGGGCUUUUAUUUUGAAGCACCAGCUCAUUUUUCUAGCUUUUUUUUUUUUUUCGAGAAGGAAACGUCACUCUACUCUGCUCGGGCUUUUAUUUUUGAAGCCUCUUUAAACACCAAAAAAUCAUAAAAAUGUGUAAAGGUCCCUCUGAUUUGAUCAUUCCUGAUAGCCAGUUCUCACACGCAUAUUUUAUUUGAGGUGUUUCACGUUUGCUCGAUUAUAUUUGUGAUAAAAAUGUUUUCCUUUAUAGUGGAGAACUACUUUAGGGGUUUCUCUGGGAGCCUAAAAUGCCCAUUUAUCACUCUUGUCCCUCUUUUUUCUCACCACUUUUGUGAUUUUCAGUCUUUUUUUACACAGUCUGCUCUUUAAUGAACAAAUUACAGAUCAUCAGUGUUGUUAUCUGAACUGAAAAACAUUACUAACCUCAUAAUGGAACAGAAAACCUAACUUCCACUGCCUAAAAACAGAAAUAAUUCUCUAAAAAAAGAAAAACUGUUUAUAUUACCGCCUGAUAGAAAGCUACUGUGAUUCAAACAGUGAAUGUGUUUUAACAGCUGCAGUCCUAAAGUUCAUCAGGUUAACCCUUUGAAACCUGGAUCGACAUCAGUUUUCUUGUGCUGCCUUCAGAAACCUUUCAAGCAUUUAAACUUUUGAAAUGUGAGCAAACUGAUUUAUUUCAAAAACAUGGAAAAGGCGAUCAGCAUCUUGGCAUGAAAAUGACCCAAAAAUUAUCUUUUUGAAGAGUGAAAAUUUUAAGAAAAUGAUCAAAUAA